AAUAUGAAUUGAGCAAGCGCACAUAAUAUACGAUCACUUCCGCAAUAUAUGUCACGUCUGAAAGAAUAAACCGACUUUAGAAGUGAAAGUUAUUUAGAAUUUCAAGAUGAAGUGGCUUGACGGGAAUAGCAAGCGGAAGGAACCUGAGGUAUUCGAUACUGUUGCCGAUGGCCUUAAAGCUAUAUACAGAACAAAACUGUUACCUUUAGAGGAACAUUAUAAGUUUCAUGACUUCCACUCCCCCCAACUUGAUGAUCCAGAUUUUGACGCUAAACCAAUGAUACUCCUCAUCGGCCAAUAUUCUACCGGUAAGACAACCUUUAUAAGAUUCCUUCUAGAGCAAGAUUUUCCGGGAAUACGAAUAGGUCCAGAGCCGACAACAGAUCGGUUCAUAGCUGUUAUGAGUGGAGAUCAAGAUGGAAUUGUUCCUGGUAACGCCCUUGUUGUUGAUAGUAAAAAGCAAUUUAAACCACUCACAAAAUUUGGAAAUGCAUUUCUGAAUAGAUUUCAGUGUUCAACAUUAAAAAAUCCAGUUGUUGAUAGUUUAACAAUUAUAGAUACACCAGGUAUUUUGUCAGGAGAAAAACAGAGACUUGACCGUGGAUAUGAUUUCGCUGGUGUGUUGGAAUGGUUUGCAGAAAGAGUGGAUAGAAUAUUGCUUCUUUUUGAUGCACACAAACUGGACAUUUCAGACGAAUUCAAACGAGCAAUUGAUGCAGUUAAGGGUUAUGAUGAUAAAAUCAGAAUAAUUUUGAACAAAGCAGACAUGGUGGACCCUCAACAAUUGAUGAGAGUGUAUGGUGCAUUAAUGUGGUCCCUUGGAAAAGUUUUGAACACCCCUGAAGUUGCAAGAGUAUAUAUAGGUUCUUUCUGGGACAAUCCUUUACACUUUGAUGAGAAUAGGAAAUUAUUUGAACUUGAAGAACAAGACCUGUUUAAUGAUUUAAAAAGCCUACCAAAAAAUGCAGCUUUACGGAAACUAAAUGACCUCAUCAAAAGGGCAAGGUUGGCAAAGGUACAUGCCUACAUAAUCAGUCAUUUAAAGAAAGAGAUGCCCUCAAUGUUUGGCAAGGAUGCAAAGAAGAAAGAAUUAAUAAAAGGAUUAAAAGAAAUAUAUGAAGUCCUACAGAGAGAACACCAGAUAUCACCAGGAGAUUUCCCAGAUAUAGAAAAAAUGAGAGAAGUACUCCAGCAUCAAGACUUCACAAAAUUCCAUGCAUUGAAACCAAAGUUAAUUGAAACUGUUGAUGCCAUGCUUUCUUCAGAUAUAGCCAGGCUUAUGACAAUGAUCCCACAUGAGCAAGAAAGUAGUGUAGGGGAACCAAAUGUUAAAGGCGGGGCUUUUGAUACAAUGAAUGAGAGUAUGUUUGGUUACGGAAGGGGAGAAGGCAUUGAUGAAGGUCGUGGUGAGCAUGAAUGGAUCGUUGGUCAAGAGAAAUACAAAUAUGAUGAAUCAUUUGAUAAACUUAAUCCAAUCAAUGGAAAAAUUACUGGUGCUGCAGCAAAGUCAGAAAUGGUCAGAUCCAAGCUGCCAAACUCUAUGUUAGGGAAAGUGUGGAAACUAUCAGACAUAGAUAAAGAUGGUAUGCUUGAUGCUGAUGAAUGGGCAUUAGCCAAUCACCUGAUCAAGAUUAAACUAGAUGGACAUGAAUUACCAAAUACCUUACCAGAUCAUUUGAUCCCUCCAUCCAAGAAAGAUUUGUAAAGAAUUUAAGUGGUUUUAUCAGUGAAAGGGCAUAGUCUCUUACCAGUCAAAAACUGUUAUAUUGUUAUACACACUUUUAGAUUGUUACUUCUUGGUGUACACCUCUUACAAAUUCUAUGGUAUUAAACAUUUAAUCACACUGUAUUAUAGUAGAUGAUCUGAUAUCUACAUUCAAGAAACAUCUUUUGUUUGAUCUGAUUUUAAGUCUUGUUACUGUUAAAAGAAAAACUGAUACAGUAAAAUUUCAUUUCAUCAACCAUUUUUUAGCCCACUUGGCCUUCAGAGUUUAUUAGAGCUUUUGUCAUCAUUUGACCUUGUAGGAUGAAGCUUAAGGUCAUGACAAAUUUUUAAGAGCCUUCUCUUCUGAAACCAUGGGACCAAUUGUGACCUUAUUUGACCUCCCAUCAUCCUUACAAGAGAAGUGUAAUAGUUGUGCCCAGUGGCCCCAUGGCUGGUAAAUGAAUAUCAAAUAUGAUGAUAUAAAUGAUAAAAAGAUCUUAUUUAGAAAUUUUUUGCUCGGUACAAUAUGUCUUGAUUUUAUAUCAAGCUGAGUGAGGUUUGAAUUAAAAAUGCUCAACUGAUGCCAAUUUUAGCAUAUUUCUAUUACAAGGUUUUCAAUAAACAGAAAGUGCAGGUGAAAUAUGGUAUUUAUAUUUCAGUUUGUCCAAUGAUUUAAUUUUUUAAAGAAAAUUUGUAAAUUGACAAACAAGUUAUAUUGAUAAAGCUUAAGGUAUACAAUGUAUCAUGGUGGAUUACUUUUAGGACCAAAUUAUAGGGUCAGCUGUUAAUGUAAUUAAAUAGUCAUUUAAUAAAUGUGUACAUGUAUACAAAGCAAGGGUUUACUGCAGGCAAUAUAUUUAGUUUGGUUGGAAAAUCACCAUGUAAUAUUAUUGAUUAUUUUCAAAGGCAAUUGUAUAGUCAGAAUCAUUAAAAUAAGCAGAUGAAUUUUGAAAACUACCGUAAUCUUAAAAAUUUCAUUUGUAAAUAUGACUGAAUUUUUCCAUACAAUUUGUAGUUGUUUCAUUUAUUGUAAAGCCAUCAUCUAUUGAUUUUCUUUUUUUUCUCAUGAUAAUCCAUCUUUUGUGUCAAAGAGAGGCUUUAUGUGAUUAUUGCUGCAGUAAACCACUGGACAAAGAAACUAAUAGGUUAGAUAAGUGCCUGAUUUCAUAUAGAUUUAGCUUGUAUUUUAACAUUAUAUUCUUUAGGUAAAUAUUUUUGGUAAUAAAUUUGUUUAUACAUUGUAAAUUUUCAUUUUAUUUUAUGAAUUCACUAAUAUAAUUUAUAUAUACGUGUGUUAACCACAAUCUAUGCAUGCUGUGUAUAUGUAACUAUCUUUUUUUAUUGUCUUAGAAUGUUUACCAUUACUGGAAGUCUAUUGUAGAUAUUAGUGUAAGGACUUAUUUAGAAGGGUAUUUUGUGGCACUUGUAGUGUUCCAUAGAAAACGCUUGAAAAAUUGUCAAGUAUAAGGUUUGCUUAUAAAAGCUCAUUAUUAAGCCUUACCUCAUUGACUAUAAAUUUAGAACCAAAUAUUUCUAUCCCCAUAUGUAUAGUCAUUAGUUGUUGGCUGAUUUGAGGGUAAUAAAAGGACUACCGGUAAUUGCCCACAGAAAAACAAUAUAGUUUGUAUCAAUAGAUAUACACCAACAGGGUUUAAAAAAAUAAAAAGGUGAGGAGAAUUGAAACAAUUUGUGCAAUAAGUUUCUUCCCUAUGUGUACAUCAGGCACAUUAAACAGACUGAUAGACUUUUUUUAUCUGAAAAAUUAAUAAUUUCAUUUAGACUUGCUUGAUUUAUCACUACAAUCUAGUCAUCUAGUAUAGAUCUUUUAUCAGACUUAUUUGUAUCAUACAUUUCAAUUUGUUUAGUAAAAAAAACCAAAAAAAACCUGUCACCCCUCUAAAAUUCCAGCCAAAAGAAAUAAGCUAAAACUUAAAUUACAUUAUAUCAAAUAUGUACUUCUCUUUUAAGGCAUAAACAUUCUGAAAAGUAAACUACUAGCACACAGGAAAUGUAUGAAAUAAUUGUAUCACAUAUAUAUUUCUGAAUUAAACUGCUGUUCCUUUGCUUCAGGAUUUGAGUGAGUUAAGGGAUUGCAAACACCACAUCAUUCUUCAACAAUAAACCCUCCCUAACUGUCAUUGUAUCUUCACAGGUUGAACACCACAUCAUUCUUCAACAAUAAACCCUCCCUAACUGUCAUUGUAUCUUCACAGGUUGGUGAUAGGAUACACUUGCAAGAUUUAAUAAUUUACUCAUAUGUAAUGCCAAAAUGUAAAAUAUCACAUUAAAUGAGGGGUGUAGUGAGAGAAAUGUUUUAAAAAGAACUAGAAAGGAAUGUCUGAUGUUUAAUGUAAUAUAAGUAGUUACUUAUAUCUACUAUAAUUACCCAGAUGUUAGUUUAUUUACAAUAUGAUAAGCAUGAUUUAUAAUUGAUUUACAUUUUUUAGAUAGUUAUUAGUAGUAAUUAGGCAUAUUUACUUUAUCUUUUAUCAGUUAUAUUUAUUUAUAUUGUAAACAUGUCUUAUAGUGAAUGUUUCUGACUUUAUCUUAAUACAGAAAUGAUCAAGGAUAAAAAUGUAAAUGUGCAUAAUUUUAAAGUUUAUUUAUCCAACAAAAUUUCUGCACUCUAAAAACUGGAGAUGGCCUUUUUAGGCGUGACCUUGUUUUGGUUUUGUAAGAUACUACAGUUGCGUAAGCGUAGUUUUGUUCUAGUUUAACUUAAGAUUUAUGUUGAAUAAAAUAAUAAGGAGAUGUACAUGUAAUUGCUGUCAGAACUUUUGCUGAGUUAACAUGUUAAAGUUUAUAAUUAGGUCAGAUUUAGGGGAAUUACUUAUUAUUUGGUUUAUAGAUGUAUAAGCAAUAGCAUGUCUCGUUCUAUGGAGAUUAUUUGGCCAAACACCACCCUCAAUCAUGGUUUGUUAACCCUUGACAACUUUUGCAUAGUUUACUAUUUAGUUUAUAUCUAUGUUGGUUGAAGAUGAACCACUUAUGAGGUAAACAGUUGUACUAGCCUUGGCAGUUUUCAUGUGGACAUUACUAAGAGAUUAUUUGACACCUAAACCUUAACUUUGAAUGCCCCUCUUCAGAUAAAAGUGUUUGGUCAUGAUUGAUAUAUGCAUACAAUACAUAUAGUGUUUUCAAAAGGAUCUGAAUUAAGAGUUAAUUUACAAAAAUAAAAACCAUUUCAAAAGUGUAAAAUUUAUCUGAAUGAUUUUUUUUCUAAAUCUACAAAUUAUUUUAUUGUUAGAUCGAUGUCUCUGUGCUGUGAAACAUAAAAAUGUGAUUUACUACUUUAAAUUGUCUCUUAUAUACAUAACAUUUCACCAUUGAAAUAUUUACAUAAUAUUAUACCACAUUUUAUUGCUGUAAAAUGUAUUUCCUGUGCAAGUCAAUAUGUUGACUACUUUGGACUUUUACCAAAAUUUAUUAUCAAAGAUGUAUCACUGUUUUAUAACUAUACAUUGCUUUUUUCUUGUUUUGCUUGAAAAUGUUGAUUGAUUAAAUGUAAUUAUUUAAAAUUGAUGGGUGUUCCAGGAAAUAAUAAAAAUAGGUCUAGUAGUAAUUAACUGAAUGCAAUGAAAGUUGCCGGACAUUUUUGCUGUUUUUAGUGGUAUAUAUAUAUGUGUAAUCAUUGAAUAUCUGUAGGAAAAAAUGAUUUCUGACAAUAACUUAACAGUUAACCGAUUCUUUAGAAUUUGUAAACAAAGAAACACUUGCAUCAAACAAAGAUCUUAUAUUGAUUUUAGGAAUUGUGACCCCACCCAGUUCUUUCAAAAAUCUUUGAGAGUGGCCAAAGGCAGUGGUUUAUUUUGGUUAAUGGUACAGCAUGCCUUAUUUUCACUUAAUUUGAAUUAUUUGGGUUUUUUUUUAUUAUUGAAAACAAUCCCUUUCUGAAAAGCAAUAUUUUUUCUUGUGCCCUGAGAUAUUGCAAAUAUAUACAGUCAACUAUACUUUAUUGCAUACUUUUGUUAUUUGCAGGAAAUUAUUUUCUAUUCAUCAAAAAAAUCAAAAGUCUGGAUGCAUAGCCUAACCUUUUUCUUCAAAUACUCAACUUUGCUUAUUGUUGAAGAUAACCUAUAGUUCAUAACAUCAUUUUAUAUUUGGUAGACGGUCGUCACAUUUGCAAAAAUACCACAUCCCGUUAUUUGAUAUAUGCAAUUUAGUUUAUUGCUUAGAAUAAUGACAUCUAUAUACAAUUUUGUACGUUAGAUUGAUGUUUUAUCUGGACCAUUGUUGUAUCAUUCUGCAGUCAACCUUGUCUUUAUUGUUACCUUGAACAUCUAAUUGUAAUAUAAUACUCAAUUGCUUUAAUGAUCAAAUCCAUGAAUAUGAAAUGUCUUUGAUUUUAUGAAGAUGAAUUGUAACUGUAAUAGAACUUUUCAUUAUUUAUGAUUUAUUUGCUAGAUUUGAUUGCAUUUGUAUUUGUAAAAUUUGGUUUUUGUCUUAUCUGAAUGAAUGUGAUGAAGAUAUAUUUUAGGCUUUACUUUUUGGCAAGGAUGUUGUCAACAUCUAAUAUUUCAAAAUUACUUUAUUUAUAACUUAUCUGCAAGGAUAAAGUGAGAUAACUAGAUCGUCUGUCUUUUAUUUUAUUUUACAGUUUUGCCUUAUUAUUUGAAUGCAUUUUAAAAAGUUAAAUCAAGUGAAGAGGUAACAUUUGAGCAACCCAAAAAAAAGUUUGUGUAAUUCCAGUUAAUUCUAAAAGUUUACACAGGAAUAUUUGACAUAAUUUUGUUUAUUAUAUUAUUGAAAAUAUAUCAACUUUAAGUCUGGAGAGGUAAUAUAAGUUACACAUCCAUUGAAGUAAAAUACAGGGUUCAAAUUCAAAGUAUUAGUAGAGAUAAUAUAAGUUACACAUCCAUUAAAGUAAAAUACAAGGUUCAAAUUCAAAGUAUUAGUAGAGAUAUUUUAUUUUUAUCAGUAUCCAUUUGUGUUCAAUAAAAUGCAGAAAAUAGACUCAAAAGAGAAAAUAUGAUAAACUACUUACAGA